CUGAAGGCAGCAUUUGCAGCUCCUGGCAAAGAUCGAAAGCUGGCUAUGGCGAGCUGCUUCCAUGAGGAGCUAGGGUUUCAUAUUUGCACGUUGUUACGUUGGAGCGAGGAUAGUGUCAAAAAUCGCAUUGAAGAGAAUUAGCGAGUUUCUGUAGUUGUAAAUUUUUUUUGAGAAAUGUGUACAGAGGAAUCCAUGGAAUAGAAUCGUUAUGCCGUGAGUCGGUGCAUUGAGGGCGGACUUGGAGACUUGCAAGAGCUUGACGCGCUGAAGGAGAGGAUCUGCAUUUGAAUGUCAUUUUGGAAACGCGAAGCAGCGUAGCUAUGGAUCAUGUAUUUGCGUCCAUAAAGACGGAGCUUGCGUCGAAUGACGGGUUGCGGCAAUCGCAAGCUUUGUUGCUGGUGCUGCAGCAUGCUGCAGCGGGCAAGGACGUGUCCUGUACAGCGACCAUAGCGUGCGAUGAGAUUAUCGCGAGUCCCGCGAGUGCAGUGUGUAAGAAACUGGCGUUUGAUCUGAUUCGGUGCACUCGCUUGACGGCGGAGCAGUGGGAAGUAGUGUGUCGCGGAAUCCUGAAUGAUUUUGAUUUUCCGGACUCAGACGUGACGGCCGCGGCCGUGUCUUUUAUGUCUGCCAUUCCCUCGUGGCGUCUCGGAAAAUUUAUUACGGACUGCAGCAGGGAGAUCUCGAACUGCAUUGUGCACGAUAAUCCAAACUUGCGGUACGCGAUUGUGGAGACGCUUGGGUGCCUGCUUGCUCGCGAUGACGUCGUCAAUCUGUGCGUUACGAGCGCUGCAUUGUUGGACAGAGUGGCAGUGUGGUGGCGACAGAUCGGAGAGUGUAUGCUGCAUCCCUCGGAUGCUGUUUCUAGGAUCGCUUACGAAGGAGUAGGGCGCUUGUUUUUGGAGUUCAGCACGAAAAAGCUGAGUAGAUUGGCUGGUGAUAAGCUGGUUCCCAGCGAAGAUUCCCUUGCCAUUCGAGCUGGUUGGGUAGUGGCCAUGUGCAGGUUCGUAUGGGAGAAACGGGAUAUCUUGAUGGCUCGCUCAAAGGUGUUGACAAUUGAAAGCUUUCGCUCGUCAGUCUUCCCCCUUGUGUUCUCAGCGAAAGCUGUGGCCACUAGAAUGAUGGAAGAUAUGCAGGUACUUUCAGGUUUACUUGGAACCCCUCGGGCUGCACUUGAAGAGAGAGACUUUCGGAAUGCUGAGCAUAUUCUGGGAAUUUCCGAUGUAGUUUCUCACCUCACGCCGUACUUAUUUGUCCUCGACCCAGCUUUAGUUUAUGAGGUCAGUAUCAACCUCCUCUCUUUGGCUGACGUGCCUGGAGGAAAACCAGAGUGGGCGUCAGCACCAAUCACUGCGCUUCUGACCCUGUGGGAUCGACAAGAAUUUAAUGCCGGACGGGAAAGCAUUGUUCGAUCGGUUGUAAAGAACCUCCAGCUUCUAGAUCUACACUUGCAGGUUUCUCUGUUCAAGCGGCUUCUUUUAAUGGUCAGGAAUCUUAGAGUGGAGGCAGAUCGUAUGCACGCCCUUGCCUGCAUUUGCCGGACUGCUCUUAGUGUGGACCUGUUUGCAAAAGAAAGUGUUAGAAGGGGUCAAAAGCCUCUAGCGAACACAAACAUAGCUGCAUUAUUUGAGGACACAAAAAUCAGAGAAGAUCUGGCAAGCAUCCACAGCGAGAGUCUUUUUCGGGAAGAGUUAGUUGCAUGUCUUGUUGAGAGUUGUUUUCAGCUCUCUGUCCCUCUCCCUCGGAUGAAAACUAUGUGUCCUGAGAGUCGUGUCAUUGGAGUUCUGAAUUAUGGUACAGUUUCAGGUGCUAUGAGCUGGACCCAAUCGGCUCUUGAAGUAGUUGAGGUUUGCCGCCCCUGUGUGAAGUGGGACUGUCAAGGCCGGACAUAUGCUAUGGACUGCUACUUGAAGUUGCUAGUGCGCUUGUGCCAUAUCUAUGAUACCGUGGGCGGGGUGAAGAAGGCCAAAGAAGGGGCAUCUCCUGAACAAAUUUUGGCGGAGACUCGGUUGCAAGCCUUGCAAGCGCAACUCGUGAAAGAUCUUAAUGAGGUCACUACUGCAAGACUAAGAGCUCGCGUAAUUUGGGCUCUGGCGGAGCACUUUGAUCUUGAAGGUCUAGACCCACUGCUUGCAGAUGAUCCAGAAGAUCCUCUCAACAUUAUUAUUGAUCACAUCCACAAGGUCAUAUUUAAUUUAGAUUCCACUGCAACUUCCACUAACAGGUUACAGGAUGCACAGGCUUUACUUGUAAGUUCAGAGCAUCUUGGUUCAAGAAACCUGAGAGCAGGCCAGAUGUUGACAAGAGUUCUCGAGGACUUCAGAAAUAGUUCUUUGGCCGACUCGGUGAAUAAGCAUCAAUGCCGCCUCAUUCUACAGAAGUUCAAAUAUAUCUCCAAGCAUCCUGAAUCGAAGUGGGUAGGAAAUUCAGGAGCUACAGGCGACUAUCCUUUUACGCACCACAAGCUUUCAGUCCAGUACUUCGAUGCAUCAGCAGCUCAGGAUCGUAAGCUUGAAGAUCUAGUUCACACUGCUGUUCAGGAGCUUUGGAAACCUGCGCAGAGUGAACUUACCUUGGCCACGUCUGGAAUGACUUAUUCGAAGGCCCCGCCAACACCCAAAACUUUGUCAGGCAGCAGCGAUCCUUGUUAUGUUGAGGCGUACCAUUUGACUGAUCCACAUGAGAAGAGGAUAACUCUACAUCUUAAGCUUCUGAACUUGACUGAACAAGAACUCAAGCGGGUGGAUGUUCAUGUUGGGCUCGUUGGUGCUCUUCGAUUUAUGGAUGGCUCUCCUCAGGGUGUUCGCCGACUUCAGCAGGUCCAUUCGCAGGAUCCAAUUUUAUCCAGUGUUACUGUUGGAGUGUCACGAUUUGAGCAUUGUUCGCUGUGUGUUCAACUCUUGUAUUAUCCAUCCUUUGGUGGAGUUGGGUUGGUCAAUAGAGAAGAAGGUGAAGCUCUUACGCAGGAAGGACCUCAUGGAGCAAGGCUCCUGAAAUCCAAAGCAUCUGAGUAUGGGGAACCGGUUGUAUUACGGUGUGGAUCAUAUCGGCUACCUCUCAUUGAACUUCUAGUCCCAUAUGCUCUCUCGCCUGUGGAGUUUUUUAGACUAUGGCCAAGCCUGCCUGCAAUUUGUGAGCACACUGGUGCUUAUACGUAUGAAAGUGGAGGGUUUAAAGCAGCAACUGCUUCUGGAGGUUACCUGGAACCAGCUGUUCUACCCAUUCUUUCAGGAUUGAAAUCACUGUCAUCCAAGCCUUUUCAUAAAGUGUGCUCUCAUAUCUUGCGAACUGUGUCAGGAUUCCAGAUUUGCUAUGCUGCCAAGUCUUGGUAUGGUGACCUGGUGGGUAUGAUGAUCUUUGGAACAAGUGAAGUUAGUGAAAAUGUGGAUCUUGGUGAGGAGACUAAGACCAUGGUGUGCAAGUUUGUGGUGAGAGCAUCAUCGGGCACAGUCGUGGAUGAGAUUAGUGCCGACAUUCAAACUUGGCUUGAUGAUUUGACUGAUAAUGCUGUUCGUGGGGUCUCUGAUGAGGAAGUGGAGGCUGCUGCUGCUGAAAAACUUAAGAGAUUAAUGGAUAUUCUUGCCGUCAUUAGAGCUAAACCAGUUCAGUCUGAACCUGAAUUAGAUUCAGACUCGGAUGAUGAUAGCUUGCUGCCAGGUCUAGAGACAAAACCGAAGAAAAAACCCACUACAAUUUUUUUACCUUCACCUGAAGAUAUGGAGCAUCAUGCAUUGCAAUCGGCUGUAUUACAUGAAUGGCAGAGAUUUCGUCUCCAGCAAGUUGUAAACUAGAUCAGAACGUCAUUUUGGAUAUCUUGUCGUUCAUUCACCCUCCAGCUAUUUUUUUCGCUGUCAUUAGUUUGGAUGAAUCAAGUUUUAUAGUAUGAUCCAAGCAGCCCCCAUUUUGGGGAACAAUGAAUUCACUGAUUGAUUCUUGCUUAUUCGCAAGGUUUUAUCAUAUUGUUACGAAGCCUUUGGCUACAUUCACACCGAAGAUGUGCUCGUCGCCUCAAUCCAGCCGUCUUAUAAUGCUACUUGAACUUCUCAAUUCCCUUGAAGGUAUUGCCAAAAGAGGAGUUCCAUCCUCGUACGUAGGGAUGGAAUUCCAACUGUGACGAUUACAGGACUUGCUCGAGAUUCAGAGGCCAUCGUCGGAGUAAAUGGUAAUUGGGUAGGUGGAGGAUGUGACCCUGCCAGGUAAGCUGAUUCUUUACUUAUGUUAAAAUGUAUUUUACCUUCCGAAUUCCUAUCUAAAGAAAUAUUUCUUCUUGGUUUAUUAUUAGUAUUAUUAUUAUUUUUAUUAUUUUUCAUGUGGUGUAAGAUAGUCGUAUAUUUGUUGGGUGGAUAGAGGAGACUUCGUGGACCAACCAAAUCUGAUUGCCUUACCAAGCCCUGCCCAACCUAGUCCCAGCUCCAAGGUCUCAAGGAUUUAGAAAUUUCGAGCAUUAAGUCCUGAUUGCUUGAUGUCUCAGCCUACACUACUCAUGAACCCCCUUUAUAAUUUUUCUCUUUUUCUCUAACUUCAUCAAUGUGAAUAUUCGAUGAAGGGAAUAGAAUUUGAGCUUGUGUAGAAAUUUUUGACCUCUAGGAAUUUAAUACCUUCUCUCAAGACUGUUGAACUACUUCUUUACGCCUGUUUCUUCAAA